AUGGCGACAUCAGCUUACCUGGACAGCAUCGGGCAUGGUAUUGAAUCCGUGCAAUAUGAACAAAAUACUAUCAACCGCCUUCAUGCUGGUGCUGCUCGAGUCCAAAAAAAGGCCUUCACUACGUGGAUCAACUUUUAUCUUAAGCCCUGCAAUAUGGAAGUGACGAAUCUCUACACUGAUUUAAGUGAUGGAAAGCGCCUCAUGAAACUGCUCGAGGUCAUUUCUAACGCUAAAUUAGGUAGACCCAACAUGGGUGUUCUGCGUGUACAGAAGAUUGAAAAUGUUGGUAGGGCCCUGGAGUUUAUUAAAACAAAGGUGCAUCUGGAAAACAUAGGUGCGGAGGAUAUCGUAGAUGGCAACCCUACCCUCAUUCUCGGUUUAAUAUGGACGAUUAUUUUGCGCUUCCAAAUUGAAGAAGCCAUGCUUCAAAUUGCAAACAACGGUACACACAAACACACACAUACCCUACCCUUACACCUCUUCAAGGAACCACAACUAAACGGCUCUCAGCGUUCGGCAAAGGAAGCACUAUUGCUGUGGUGUCAGAACAAAACUCGGGGCCAUGCAAAUGUGGAUGUGAAAGAUUUUACAACCUCCUGGCGUGAUGGACUGGCCUUCGGAGCCCUUCUCCACAGUCACGAUCCUGAAGCGAUCGACAUGUCAAAGAUGCGACUUGAUAAGCCCAUGGAGAAUCUCACCAUCGCAUUCAAGACAGCCGAGCAAUGCUUCGAAGUCCCGCAAAUGCUUGACCCUCAAGAUGUAAAUGUUCCCAAGCCGGAUGAAAGAUCCGUCAUGACCUACGUGGCUUCGAUGUACCAAAUGUUGAACAAACAUCGAAACAAAAACAAAAACGCCAAUAGGGUUGGAAAGACAAUUAAUCAGGCAAUUGAUUUGAGAAGUAAAAUCAACUGGUAUGAGGUGGGCAUCCGGAGUUUGCUGCAGUGGAUUCGGGACAAGACCGCAUUUUUCCGGAAAUCAGUUCAAAGUCUACCAGUAAAUCUCGAUGAGGUCAAAAUGGCUCUUUUCAAUUUCACCCAGUAUAGACGUGCAGAAAAGUCGCAGAAGUACGAAGAAUGGAUAGAACUGCAGGAAGUCUUAUUCAGCAUUUCCUUGCUCACCAAGGAGCUCCGUGCAAGGCCCUACACACAGACAGAUCCACAGCUCAAAAUAGCCGCAAUUGGCAAAGCUUGGGAAGAACUUGAAAAUGCUGAAAGCGACUUUGAAGAAGCGAUUCGGAAAGCCUAUCUGAGGCUUGAAAAGUACGAGCGGAUGGUGCGUCAAUUCGAGCACAAGGCAGCGAUAAGAGAAGGCUGGUUAACAGACAUGGAAGAUCAAGCUGAAUGGCUUCAAAAGCUGCCGGGAACCCAGGCUGGUGCAGCAAAGAAGGCGGAAGCACUGAAGUUGAAGAUUGAGAGCAACGAGAAGCGUUUCAAGAAUUUGGAUGAUUUGGCCUUGAAGAUUAUAAAGUACGGGGAGUACCCGCAAGGCAGCAGUGUGCAGCAACGCAAUGCAGCACUGCAGUCGCGUUGGUCUGCACUGAGUGGCGCCAAAAUGCGUGCUCUUUUAGCGCGUAUCGCAUUUCCUCAGACGCGAGCGGACCUGAUGGAACAGCUCAAAAUUGUUACGAGCAAGAUUCAGGAGUUAGAGAAGCAACUUACCCAGCCAACAAAAGGAGAGACAGAGGCUAGGAAGAGUGAUGAUAAAACUUUGCCGCUUGAAGUAAUCCAGGCCGCUCUGGACCGUCACCGAAUUGCCGAGGCGGAGUUUCUGCCCUUGGAAAGGAAAAUUUACCAAAUUCGCAAUACCGCGGAGGCUAUGUGGACCAAUGCGGCUCCUAUGCCAAAUGCAGAUGUAGAGAAGGCUAGUGACUUCCAGGAGUGUCAGGCUGCUGUCCAACUGUGGAACAGAGUGGCAGACGAAAGCCGUAAGCGCAAGGCUAAACUGGAGGGUAUCAACUCAACCUAUGGCCUCUUUGUCAGCCUUGCAAAUGAACUCAAUUGGGUUACCGGGAAGAAAGACUUCCUAGCAUCCACCGUGGGAGUGACCAAGGAUCCCAGAAACGCACGUGAUCUACAGUUGGCUCAGCGUCUGUGCAAAAAACACCAGGCGAUGGAAAGUGAAGUUGCCGCACAUGAGCCAAGCUGGGAUGACUUAAAACGUUUAGCGGAGUCCUUUUUGAACGUGCGAACUGGAGGCAGCAAUGUGGCCGAAGAUCCGCUGGCCGACACGCGCCAAUCAGCGCGCUCACAAAUAGCGGCGAUCACCUCUGCAUGGAGCCAAUUUCGAGAGGAGAUGAAGAUACGUGAAAAUGCACUGAAUGAGUGCCUUGAGUCCGCACAGUUCUAUGCCGAUGCUGACGAGGCCUCGAGGUGGAUUAGGGAGAAGAUCUAUCUCGUUGAGGCAGCCGGAAUUCUCUCUCAUCCCGUUGAGAGUGAACAGGAAUUGAAUGAGGCGAUCAAAAUGUGUGGAGUGGAUUCGAGUUCAACGAUGGCACAAAAAAGACGCCUGACUAAUCUGGAGACUGAGAUGCAAGCCUUCCAAUCUAACGACAUGCAACGUCUGAAAUACUUCUCCACAAUCCUACGUAAUCCAAUGGAUGCUAGACCGCUGAGAACAGAAUUGCUUGUACCAAAUGACGCCGAUGGAAGUUCGGGCAUUGACAGUGAUGUUGAGACAUCUGUGAGCGGAAGCUAUGCUUUCCCAAAGAAUAUUGAAGGCCGUGCUCAGGCUACUGGGCGCUACACCGCCAAAGAUCCAGCUGGAAGAGAUAUUGACCUAGAGGAGGGUGAGAUGGUCCUGGUGGUGGCCUGCACCAACGCAGACUGGUGGCACGUGCGGAAAAAUGUGAGGGGCCAACAAAAGGAGGGUUUUGUGCCCGCCAAUCGUCUGCGACUUUUGCAAGCACCGGUUGCAGGGAGGCAGGGUUCUAAGGCCGAUGCACUUAAGGCUGUCAAACGAGAGGUUUCAAGAGGCCUCACCAUUCGCAAGGCACCUUCUGCACGAAGCAGUAAUGAGCUCCAUUUCGAUAGGGAGAACAUCCAGAAAUGUGAGCAGAAAGUGAAUGCUGAAUUAAGUCAGCUUCAGAAAUGUGUCAAGGCGAGAGAUAACUGCCUGGAGGACACAUUGGCAUGGCACGACUUUACGAUGAAAAGCAACAAUUUUGAGACGUGGAUGAAGCAAAAGACAACAAUUGAGGAGAUCUCGAAGGGAACUUCUUUGCUAGCUGAGAUAAAUGAGCUUGCAGAUAUUUUGACUGGAGUCGUGAAACCUUCGGAGCGUUUGCUUUACAAACGAGGUAGCGGCUUGGGACAGUUCGAAAAGUUGGCUGAGACAAUGGAAAUUCUGCUCGGCGAUCGCACUGCCCAACUUGAGACCAUGCCGAAUACGGCUUCCAACGCAGAGACCAACACUGAACUCCUGCGGCGAGUAAAAGAAAUCAAGGUGGAGAAACCCUUGCUCGGUGAAAAGAUGUCCCGUUUGCGGUCAAUGAGCAACAGUGUCGCACAAACUUAUCCCGAUGAUGCCCCUGCUGUAAAAUCUCGUCUUCAGGCAAUCGAGCGUCUUUGGUACCGACUGCAAGAUCUUCUAAAACGCAGGGAAGAGGCCUACAGUUUAGCCGCUGCAGACUUCUCUUUGAGAGAGAAAAUGAAGAACUUGGAGGGGAAGUUGAAUUAUGCGGAAGAACAGAUUGACACGCUGGAACCCACCGGUGAGAUCGUCUCCAGCCAUUCACUUUUCCAGUCCCUUCUCCCACCAGCCACGCUCCACCAGAGGCUACAAAAAGCUGAUGAGCUGGAUGACGAUCUAAAUCUUUACGAUGCUGCCGCGGCGGAGCUGUGCGAUGAGGCACGAAGACUGCCAGGGAGUAGUACAUCAAAGGAUAAGCUGGGUUCAGCCACCGAUGCACUUGCUUUGAAAAAUGAGGAGCUUAAACGAAAACUCGGGGCCAAGAAGGACAAUCUCAGCAGUGCUGUCAAGGCACAGAACUUUGCUUCCGCUCUGGGCUCAAUAGAAGGCAACAUAAAGGAGCUAGACACGCGUCUACAGAUGACUGAGCCGCUGACCUCUCUCACCGACGUGGAUAGGGAAAAGCGUCGGAUUGACGGACUGAAGAUUGAGUUACUGAAAAACAUUACAGCUGUCACCGUAAAUGAGGAACGUAUCAAAGCUGCAAAACUUCCCAAGGAUCUUACGAAUCCUCUGCUUUCCAAAAGCAAAUCCAUCCGGAAUGCUGCUGGCAUAGUGCUGAAGAGAGCAGAGGCACGUGGCAAUGAAUUGGAAAAGGUCAUGGCCCAUGUGAAUUUCCAUAACGACGCAAAUGAUGUAGAAGAAUGGCUGGAAGAGAAGAAGGCCUCAGUUCAGAGCGUUCCGACGUUAGCGACUGGCAGUAGUCCCAUGGAGAAUCUGCGUCAAACUCGAGCGCGAAUCAAGAAACUCGGUGACAUUGAAUCCGAACUGGCUGCAAAUCAGAAGGCCUUAGAUGAACUUCAGAAUCGAUCUCAUCGUCUUUCAAGCUGUGUAGACGCUAAAAACUUCCCUAACCCCCAGAAGCGGGUUCAAGACUUGAAUGAUCGUCUAUUGGAUCUGCAUAAAUCCAUCGGUACCAAGGUGAGAGAUCUGACCAACGCCGAAUCCGCAGCUCAAUUUAAUAGCGAUGCAGAUCAAAUCAUCAAAGCCUCCGUAGUCGCUCCUCAACUCGCUGCUGUUCCUGGAGAUCUUGCUGAAAAAGUAAUUCGACCCUCUCAAUUGCCUCGGAACUAUGCUGAAGCUGUCAAUGCGUUGAAUGAAACUGAGAGGAAUAGGCAGAAAGUUAUGGGUGAUCUAGCAAAAUUGGAUGACUUAGAGAAGAAGGCGAAGAAGGCUGGUGCCUGGACUCCAGAAUUGGCGGCCCAAAUAAAGCAAAAGAAGGAAACGCUCCAAAAGCAAUUAGACGAUUUGGACAAUAAAGAGAAGCGAAAUAGGGAUUUGGUUGUUUGGUAUAAGACGGUAGAUGAGAUGAAUAUGCUUAAAGACUGGGCAGAUGAUCAGGGCGGACAGGAACGCGGUCACAUGAGAAGAAACGCUAGCUUUCGGACACCGCAGGAACAUGCAACUCAACGCAAAAGCCAUGAGCGGCUUCGAGACGAGAUGAAGCGCAAAUAUCCACGCGUUCAACAGUUGUUGGACGUCAAACGGCGACCAAUUCCAGCCUGUCUGGCAGACGAUGAGCUUGCCAAAGAAGUUCGUCUAAAUCUCCAACGCAGUUGGGCAAACCUUCAGUCGGUUGUCGAUGCGCGAUCUCAACAGCUGGAUGAUGCAAUGUCCACCAUGAACCUCCUUAGUGAAAUGGCUGAUCUGACGAAGGCUCUCAACGCCAAAGCGGCUGAUGUCGAUAGGCUGGUAAAUGGAAAGUCGAAUCAGAAUGACGACUUGGCGACGAAGAAGAUACUUGAGGUUGAGAAGUACACGAAAGAGACGGAGCCAAAGGUAACGAACCUUGGAAAUCGAGUGAGCAGGGUAUUGUCUGCUUCCAGCAUCGAACCAAAUUUGGCGAAACCAUUAAAAAACGGUAUUGUUGAGUUGGAGGGUUCACUAGGAGAUCUGAAGGAUAAAGUGAAUUCAGCAAAGAGAAGUCUCUCCUUUCAAAGGCGAAUUAACGCGUUCGAUGAGAAGGUAGAUGACCAGCAGCAAGGCAUCACAAAUGCUCUUGCUUUUAUCAGCGCUACUGAAAUCGGUGAUGACCCAGAGCAAAUCGAGAAAAUCAGAAAUCGAUGGCAGACAUUCAUUACCAAUCUCCCCAAGUUGGUAAAUGGCGUGGACAGCUGCCUGAUAGAGGGUCGGAGGUUGUCGGAUGAUCUGGACACAUUGAUAAAUCCCAAAAUGAGACAAGCAGCACAGACAGCAACAGUACCCAGCCCCACCGCUUUCGGUCUAACCAUCAACCAGAUGGCCACACAGCCGCAGUCGACUUACCCCUUCUGCAACGAGCAGUCAGUGCGAGCGGGUGCCGAUCAGGUCCGCUCACAGGUGGAAUGUCUUGCUAGAGAUAAGGGUCUUCUUCAGGAACAGGUCCGCCUUGUUCAGAGCCGGAUCGAUCGCACUGGGGAUAUAUCACACUUCAGUCAGGCAUGGGCAGAUUUAAUGGAGUUGAUACGAAACCGAAGUGCUCAUCUGACCGCUUUGAGUGCAGUAACACCCAAGAGUACCUCAACACUGGCAGCACAGGUGAAGAAGCACGAGGCCUUGGAGACCGAAUUUGUCUCUAUUCAGCAACAGGUUGAUGAUGUGAUUAGCAAAGGACAGGAGCUGCUCUCAAUUCUACGAGAAUCAAAACCGCAUGGUGGAAGGCGAAAUUCCAAGACAGAAACCCUUAUUUCGGACCGCAGUCAGCGCCUUCUAGAUGCUUUGAAGGAUCUCGAAGCCAAAAUGGUCGAUAGACGCAAACAGCUCAAUCAUUGGAGUCGAUAUCUCCAAUUCUCUGAAAAGGUGCGAGAUGUCCUAUUCUGGUGCAAUGAAGCGGAACAAGAGAUCGUCACAAUCGAACCGAUUGCCAAAACAGCCGCUGAAGCCUUCGCCAUGAUGGAUCAGAAGUUUUCCACUGGUCAAGCUAAUAACAACUCCAGGGUUCCUGAAUCAAUAGACUGCAGUCAGGCGGAACUCCUGCAGGCAAACUGCUUCCGCAUGUCUGACGAGCUUCAGCAACGCUGGAAACCGAUUUCGAUACAGCUUGUAGCUGAGGCGGAGUCCAUGAUUGAUGCAAAUCACUUUGCAGCCAGUGAUCUGAAAAAUAAGGUGGAUCAGAUGGUAAUAGCGCAGCGAUCAAUCGAGGAUGGUUUGAAGAAUUACAAUCGGUGGAUUCUACAACUCCUUGAUUUACUUCUGCUGAAACGCGAAAUUUCCAAAUUCUCCAGCCAAACCGUAAUUCAACGCGCCCGAAUUGACGCGAUAAUGGAGGAAUGCAGCAGCGUUCAAACUGCUCCCAAAUAUGCCAGUUGUAAUAAGCUUCAUUCAAGCCUUGAUGUGAAGAGUAUGAUACAGCGGACAGAAAACAUAGUAAAGGUCAUGAAAGCGAACGAUGAUAAAGUUGCCUCUCUGGUGUCCUCGGCGAACCUCAUGAUACAGAAGAAGCAUUAUGCCUCGACACAAAUUCAUGAAGUGAUCAACAGAAUGCAGAUAGCCCGGGUCUCUGUUGGACAGAUCUGUGCUGAUCAUCUGGAGAGCCUCAAUCGACGUCUUGAACAAGUCGUGUGGGAGGAAGAUGCUAGUGAUACUGAGGCGUGGCUCACAGAACGGGAAAGUGAGUUGAACAUCAUGAUGACACCGAAGGCUCUGCACCGGAGUCAGUCAAUUUCGAAGAGGAGCUCGUUCAUUGAAGAGGUGGCUGCUACAUCAAUUUUGGGCAACAAGGAUCACAUUGAUGAGAUUCUGACACGUGGAGCAAAACUGGUAGAAGUGGAGGGGAAAAUUCCUGCUAGAGAAGGUAGCACUAAUGGCCAAGAUAUCAACAGUCGCUGUACAAAUAUCAGCCGACGUUGGAAAAAGCUCAGAGAUUCACUUGCAUCUUCGUCUUCCGCAUUGGAGGCGUCCCGGGAUCUUUCGCGCUAUCAAAAUGAGGCGGAUGCUUUGGAAGGAUGGCUUCGUGAAAAGGAUAUCCUCCUAGCCAAGGGUGAUUUUGGAUCUGACUAUGAUCAUUGCGUAUCUCUGAAGGACAAAAUCAGCGAACCCGCCGCUGGAAAAAUCGUGAACGAUGCCACAAUCCGCGACUUCCGAUCGCUUUCCGACAGAAUUUUGCAGUCACUUCGCAAGUCCCCAAUGGGAACGCAUAAUUCCAUUGUGGUUUUGAACAAGCAAACUUCUGACUAUGUGGAUGGACGUACCGCCGACAUUUGCGACCGCUGGAGUCGUGUCCAGGAAAGUCUUAGUAGAUAUGCCAAACUGUUGGAACUCGCUGCAACCAUCCACGAGGUUAUAAGCAAGGUUGACGGUCUCCUUAUCCAAAUCAGUAAUCGUAAGUCAAAGGCCUCCGUAAGGGACGACCUGGGGAAAAUGUUGACCGUCAGUGAAUUGGAAGCUCUUUUACGAGAGUUACAGACAAACGAACGGGAUGUUGCUGCUAUUGAAGCACAGACGAAGAAAGUUGAAGAAGAAGCAAAGAAUGCGGUUGAAUCAUUUGCCUCGAAUGUUCCCAAGACGCAGACAUCUGCUUUAAUUCAACAAAUAAACAGCAAGAUGAGUUAUUUGGAAGCCGUAACAAGGGAAACAAAGGUGCUUCAGAAGGAACGCCGUGAGUUGCUUGAAUCAAAGCUAGCUGCACAACGCAUAUUGGAGGGCUGCCGCCAACUUGUCGACUGGUCAAAUGGAGUCGAGAAAGAGCUGAAGCCGCAUAUUGUGGGCACAGCAAUGGUAGGACUAGUAGGCAAGCUGGCCAUGCUAAAGGUGGGAAAAUCAGCUACGACGGACGGAGAAAGUGGGGAGAAACGGCGGGCCUUUAUCGUGCGCAUGCGCCGACGUCUCACCGACUGCCAGUCAGAACUGCCACUGCGACAGCAGCAACUGACGCGACUACAGUCACAGGCGCAACAGUUGAAGUCUGAAACAAUGGAGAGAAAGGCCGUACCGGGUGAAAUAAAACAGGCAGAUGAGGCACUCAAGAGGGCUGCCGAUAUUCUUGCUCGUCUGGAGAUUCAAGUUGAUAUUGAGGAGAAGCGGCAGGCUUUUGCAACUACUGGUAAACAGGAGGACCGUUGGAUAGAAUCAGUGCAAAGCCAAGCUCAACAAGCUGUUAAAAGUGCUUUUCGCGGUCUUGCAACAGAUUCUGAUAACAGUGACGAUGAGACGGACCAGCCAAUGAUUGUAGCAUCUACGAACGGUAUACAGCAGUAUGCUGCUCCUCCCUCUGAAAUAUCACCGCAAGCUUGUCUGGCGAUGCUCGAUUCCUUGGCUUCGAGUCUAGAAGACCGAAAUACAAUGAAAAAACAAUUUGAUGAACUCCAGCAGUGUCAUACGACUUCCAAAGAAGCUAAAGAGAUUUAUACACCAGACAAGGUGAAGGAGGAUAAACAGCUACUCGACAAGACUCAAGCUAGGGCAUUAAUGAUAAGUCAGAUGAUCGCAAAAAUGCGUGAACAAGUGGAGACUCGUACGGAGUGUGACAACUGGUUCGUGUCGGCCAACGAAAGUCUAAAGUGGAUGAAAGAAAACCAAUCGCUGGCUGCCAUUACCUAUGACUGGCGUGUUGUACUCAAAAGAUUUGGGGAAAACGUUCCCGGCUCUGAGAAUGACCAAACAUGUGGGCCCAAAGGGUCGAAUGGAAUGGCCAGGAAGAUGGCUGCGCAUCGGCGCUUCAAUGUCGACAUUGACAUCGGUCUAGAAAUGGUCGACCGAUUGUGCGAACAGGGCGAGCAAUUGGUUCGCUUGAAUCCCAAGAAGGCGACCAAGGUGAGUCAAAUGGUAGGGCAGUUGCAAGCAGCGGCCACGCAACUUCGCAGUACCUGUGCGGAGCGCGCAUUGCGACUGAACGAGGCCAACGAGUUGGUGAAGUGGGGCCAGCUCAUGGAUGAGGCCUUAGAGGCAGCCAAACAUGCUGAGGCCCAGUUGAUGUCCGAUGACUACCAUAGAGGCGAGAAUGGACUGAAGCGGUUGCUAGACAAACAUGAGGUAAUAGCUCGUGACAUUCAGGAGACUCAGAGGGCUCGAGCGAAGAGUCUCUUGAAGACAGCUACUGAGGCGGAGAAGAAAGGUCACUUCGCGGGUGCAAGGAUGGUCAAUGAGGCGAAGGAGUUAACCAACACCGUGGAGGUUACACUGCCGCAGUUGGCGCAGGCUCGUUUGGAUGCCAUACAACUUAUGAUUACCUGGCGUCGACUGGAAAAGGAUUUGCGAGUAGAAAAUGACUGGCUCAAGGAGCAGCUCAACAGUCCCCUUCUCGACAUUCAAUCAUCUGCCUUGCAAAAUCUUGAUCAAAACACUGCGACGAGACAACUGAAAUCGCUAUCCGAGUUGGCUUCUUGUCUGGCAGCCCAAAGUCCCAAAAUUGACGAGAUUGUAGAAAAAGUAAAUAAACUGACCAACGACGAUUCUCGGAAGACCAAAUCCCUUCUAAGCGACCUUGGGACUCUUCAGGAGGCUUCCCAUUUAGCCAAUCAACUCAUGAACCAGAAAUCCGAAUUGGAGUCACGAGUCGGUGCUGUGGGUACAUGUCUGAUCACCGAGCAUAUGUAUCUUCAGCAUGUCCAUGACAUUCAAGAAGCACAGGAGUGGAUUAAGGCCCAUCUUUAUCCAGUUUCCAAGCUAGCACCAAUGACAGAUUCCAGUGGCACUAAAGCGGCCCUGCAGAAUGUCUCCCGUCUACGUGAUGAUGUUUCAGCCUUUAGACGAAGCACGAUUGGUCAGCUCUCAGCGCGAUUGCAGCAGCGUUCUUUCACAGACGACGCAAACGUCAACAACUUUGUGCCACCUGAGGAGAGAACCCAGGCAAUCGUGAGCGACGAUCUGCGCAAACUUGUUGAGAAGCACCAAGGUAGCACUAAAAAUCCAAAUCAAAAGGACAUGCAGGCAAACCUGAAUAGAGAAAUGGCGAAUCUCCUAACCAAUUUUGAUGUCCUAUCAGCAUACCUGGAGCUAAUUGAAGUUCGUCUAAAACUGAGGAUAAAAAUAAAUGCGUACAACACACAAGGCGAUGAAUUCAACCAAUUUUUAUCCAGCUUUGACGCUGACAUAGAAAGCAGAGACUACGGUGUGGAUCUGGACGAAUGUGAAACUCUCUUGGCCAAAUUUACUGAGCGGAUGGAAAGCACUUCCAAUUCGGGCACCUCCCAUUUAACAAAUCUGACUAACCGCGCCAAACAGCUCACAGAAACUGCUGACGACCUGAUGGGCAAAGUUGAUACGGAAGAGCAAAGAGUAAAGAAGUCACGGAUGCAAGAGUCGGAUGGAUGGACAUCUGUACCGCAGGAGCUUCUCAAUCUACGUAGUGAUGUUCAACUCGACAUGAAAACCGUACAGGAGAGACAGGUUGAACUAACACAAAGGUGGGCCUCUGUGCGUACUUGCAUGAAACGAAGGAGGGAGAAUCUUCAAUCCGCAAUGCGAAUACAUGUUUACAUGUCCGAUGUGGACGAUCUGCUUGAGUGGAUUGUAGACAAGUCGCCCGAAGCUCGUGACAAUAAGAAGAGUGCCGCUCUACUCGGUCGUAUUUCCAGUCUGAAAGCCACACGACCUGAGAUAAAUCCUCAGACCUCCACUGGCCUUGAAAGGGCUCUCAAUGAGCAAGAGAAACUGCGACGAGAAGUUAAUGCUAUGAAGAAACAAGUCGAAAAACAGGAACAAGAGUGCGACCGCCUGAAACAGGACUGUCCAGACCGCGCACCAGAGGUGGAAAAACAAUGGAAGCGCCUUGAGACUGCUUGGAACUCGCUACAGAUAGCAGUGGGUGGAGAGCGACAGCGACUCUCAGAGGCUCAGAAAGUGACCCAGUGGCAGUCACGAUGCGACCUCCUCUGUGGCUGGGCUGACAAACAACGCCUUGCAAUGUUGGCUGUCCAGGAGAUUCCCAUUGACCUCAGCGAGGCCCAUAGCCUCCUCGAUACCCACAGACAGAUACGCUUACAAAUCACCAAGCGCACGCCAGAGAGGGAAGAGAUUAUCAGAGCAGGACAGGACCUUUCCAACUCUAUUCCUUCCUCAAAGAUAGUCAUUCAAAAGUCGACAGAGAAACUGGAAACCGCGUGGUCUCAAAUGCAGUCCUUGUGGGGUUCAAGAAACAGUCUCUACGAAAAGAACCUGGAUCUCAGAAAACUCUAUGAGGAGAUGGCGGAACUGGACGCGUGGUUGGACGAGCAGGAGCAACGCCUGGAGCGUACAACCAACAUCAUUACGGGAGACACCUCGGCUAUAAAUGUUGAUCAAGCAAUUGCCAAUCAUGCGGACAUUGAGAAGGCGGUUGAGGAUGCAAAACAGCGCUUUGAUGCGAUUAAACGGCAGACUCAGGUGGAAACACUCAAAUUCGAGUUUCUCAAAUUCAUGACUAAACGCAAUGAGGGCAGCAGAGUUGGUGAUCAACCCUUCUCCAAUGCGCGCAUUGCUGAAAUUCAGCGACGCGAGACAUCCAAGCUCAAUCGUAAUCGUUCUAGCUCGAAACACCCGACAUCCACGGUAAACCCAGCUGAGCAAGUGAAUCAGGAACAUCUUCAAGCCAUCUUCGGCAGUCUUGCUCCAAUAGAAGCAAAUGUCGAGCAAAGUGUGCAACACGCCGCGCCUCCCAUGCCAGUAAUUCCUCCAGCCUCAAGUCAAAAUGACUCCUUUGGCAUGACAAACGCGCACUUUGUGCGUAGGGGCAGCGAUUCCAGCGAUAUUGACAGCCUGCCUGUUUCCAGAGUAGUGGAUAUAAAGCCAACGAUGCCGCCAAGGGAACACCGCAGUCCGCUCCUUCGAUCGCCCAGUCAGAAGAGCAACUCUAAGCUAAUAAAUUUAUUCAGGCAGUCCACAAAUGAGUCUAUCGCCUCUUCUGCUUCCGCCGUCACGCCCACCAUCACUAGUCCAGAACCACGGGUCGGGACCCCACAGCGCUGGGGUUCAAAAAUCUUCUCGAAGAGGAGAGGAAACGAAACCUUGGACUCUCCAGCUCCUUCAACUACCGAAACACCCAAGAUGGAACGAGUAGUCUCCAUAUCAUCCUCCCUUUCACCUGUUCCAACCAGAGUCAUUUCAAAACCACCGCCAUUGGUGCUUGAUGCAAAGAGUUCAGUACAGGCCGAUUAUAACAGUCGCUCCGCAGCUAGCACGCGCGAAAGAGCCACCGAUCUGCCUCCGAAAGCGCCCAACAGCACAGCAUUUCGCGAAAGCGACAUCUGGUCGCCCGGCGAUCUAUCCUCCACCCCGGUGAACGAGAUGAAGUUAAAUCUCACCUCCGACCACUCCGGAGCCGCUUCCGCAAAUAGGCCACCUUCUGUGUCUCUUAGGCAAGGCGAGAACUCACCGAAAGCCAGUUUGACGGGGUCUCUAGCGCGAAAAAUUGUUGCCGCGCCUAAAUCUUACCGCGGUAUCACCAAAAAGUGGUUGCCUCAUGAACAAACGGCUGGCUAUAAUUGGGCUGUUCUGGAGGGCAGUCGAUUAAGCUUUUAUGAGAAUGAAGGAGCCCCUACAAUUGGAACCGCCCCACUGGCUGUCUUCAAUGUACAAGGCGCUGUAGUUUCACACUGUCUACCCAAGACAAGCAAAACCCACGCCCACGUCAUGCAGAUGAAACUGGAAGAUGGCACGGAGAUCCUUCUGGCUGCCAACACGCUGGACAAUUACAAUCGGUGGUACGAUUGCCUAAGGUCUGCAUCCUCGUUAGGCUAUUCAAACAAUAAUGUAUCGAGGAACUCAAGCGAUCUGAGUCAGCCUCCUCCUUCUUCCCGUGAUAGCGGAUCUCACAAAACCUGGACUCUGCCAAGAGGCGGUUCACUGAGGCGCAAAGAAUCCGGGGAGAGUGGUAACCACGGUGGCACGUGGUCUCGUUUGACCCGGUGGAAACACAGGAAUUCCAGCGUUGACAAAAAUUAG